GGGAAGAAAGGUCAAGAAUCGAUGGCUGCGGAGGACUGCACAGAUUUACUGCCGUAAGAAACAAACACACUCUGUAGUACCAGGACUUUCUAUACAGAAAUCGCUUCACUAUGUCUGUCUGCACAUGUAGUCUAAUCUACCGACAGAACAGCAACAACUGUGUUAUUAUUGUAUCCGUGUUACAGAGACAUAGUCGACUAUAGUCUGGCUAGCUUCCGUUAGCUGGCUAGGAGCUGCAUUGUUUUUGUUUUCGCCUCAUUUGCGGCUCAAACAUAAAAGUAGUCCUUUUAGUUCCCCGGCCGAGGCAGGGGUCUGGACAGCCUGAGUUAUGAUUUUCUGUCCGUCCCGGGAAGAUGGAUGAAAGGUCCAGCAGCAGCCACCACAGGCUCUUCAUCGCCCUGCUCAUGGUGUUGCUCUUUGGCGUCAUUACUAUCCAGUAUGUAUGCCCGAGCAAGUCUGAGUGCCAGCUGCUGCAUCAGCUGGUGUCCUGGUUUAAGGACGGCGGUGCAACUGGUUCCCGAGGCAGUGGCAGUGAGCUCCACGAAGGGCUCCAAAAGGAUCCGUACAUUUCAGAAGACGGCGCCCUGGUUCGCUUUGUUCCUCGCUUCAACUUCACUAAAGCAGAUUUAAUCCGGGAUGUAGACUUCAACAUUAAAGGAGAUGAUGUUAUAGUCUUUCUACACAUUCAGAAAACCGGGGGCACCACGUUUGGUCGACACCUGGUGCGUAAUAUACAGCUGGAAAGGCCCUGCGAGUGUCACGCUGGCCAGAAAAAAUGCACCUGUUACCGCCCCGGUAAAAAGGAAACCUGGCUCUUCUCCCGGUUCUCCACCGGCUGGAGCUGCGGGCUCCAUGCGGACUGGACCGAGCUGACCAGCUGCGUCCCGUCACGCAUGGACUCACGAGAGGUUCCUGAAAGCAUGCCCAGUAGACACUAUUAUUACAUAACUAUCCUAAGAGACCCUGUAUCACGGUACCUGAGUGAGUGGCGUCAUGUGCAACGUGGUGCUACAUGGAAGGCUUCCUUACAUGUGUGUGAUGGACGUUCACCCACUCUGUCUGAGCUGCCGAGCUGCUACGCAGGUGAUGACUGGUCAGGGUGCACCCUGCAGGAGUUCAUGGACUGCCCGUACAAUCUGGCAAACAACCGGCAGACCCGUAUGCUGGCUGAUCUCAGCUUAGUGGGUUGCUACAACGUCUCUGCCAUGAAUGAGGAAGAGCGUUGGGCUCUACUCCUGGAGAGCGCCAAACGCAACCUUCUUGGCAUGGCCUUCUUUGGGCUGACUGAGUACCAGCGCAAGACCCAGUAUCUGUUUGAACGAACCUUCAACUUGGAGUUCAUUGCACCCUUUACACAACUUAAUGGCACCCGUGCGUCCGGUGUUGAGGUCCCUGCUGAGACAGAGCACAGAAUUCUCAAGCUGAACCGUUGGGAUGUAGAGCUGUACGAGUAUGCCCGUGACCUUUUCCUGCAGCGUUUCCAGGUGGCCAGGCAGCAGGAGCGCAGGCUGGCCAGGGCGAGGCGGCAGCAAGAGAGGAGGCGUCUCCGUGGCAGGCUCUCAACUAAGCAAGGGAGGCAAACACUGAAGCCCACAGAGUCACCCCGUCAGCCUGACCCACACUCAGAAGGGCAGCAGAGGGGGAAGGUGGGUGGAGACAGUGAGGAGUCAGAAGUGCUUUUCCCUGACUGGUGGGAUCAGGAUGAGAACAGCACUCUGGAGGAUUACAUUGACAAUGUGGAACAGUGGUAGUGAUGGGAACAAGCAAUCGGGUGUCUUAAUGCUUAGAGUGCCAAGUUCUGCCUUGUUUGUUUUAAUGAACCAAGUUAUUUUAGUACGUGUGUUUUAGUUUUCUUUUGUCUUACCAUGAACAGUUUGUAAUGACACAUCUAUUUAUUGAUACUGAUUGUAUUCCUUUGUCAUAAGUGACAUUCAAUACAAUGGAUCCAUUUCCCUGACAGAGAGAACGGCUUGUUUAGGUACGUGCAGUCCAUAACCUUUAAGUGAUCACCCAAGCCUUCUAGACUGUUAUCCUGGCUUUUAAACACACAUCUGAAUGUGUGCGAUAAAGCUUGGAAUGAGGCAGUGUUUAUUUUGUAAUUUUGAAAAGAACAAUCAUCUACUUGUUUCUAUAAUAAUAUGCUACUGUUCAUUAUUUUUAAUCAAUGUUUGCCAAAUUGUUGUCUUGUCUAAAAUACAUACAUUUUAAAAUGUAAUUGUGAGUUGAAGCAUCAGUUAAUUCACAGAAAAGAGAGUGGACUUGUCAUAGAUACCUCAAUGUGUAGCAUUAACUGCUAAAGUUGUAAAAUAUUGAAUGUGUUCCAAGUCUUUAUUUUAUAUAAAAUCUUUUUACAUUCACUGAA